GCCAAUUCUCGGUUCUAGGUCCUCUCUCUUUCUCUCUACUCUCUGAAACCCUAACUCUCCCAUGUCCGAGAUCAUAGCACAUUGGGUUUCACAGAGACACUAAUAUAAUCUCGCAAUUCUUAAGCGCCACUGGACACGGGCAAUCUUCCUCAAUGGCCGAGCCUCGCGCUAAGCGCCCCAAGAUCACCAGAGGGGAAGAUGAUUAUAUGCGUGGAAAUAUAAUUGAGAUCGAGCUCCACAAUUUCAUGACCUUUAAUCACCUGAAAUGCAAACCAGGGCCACGUCUGAACCUUGUAAUUGGACCAAAUGGAUCUGGGAAGAGCUCUCUCGUAUGUGCCAUUGCACUUGGUCUAGGUGGUGAACCUCAGCUGCUUGGGAGGGCAACGAGUGUUGGAGCAUAUGUGAAGCGUGGAGAGGAGUCUGGUUAUAUUAAAAUUUCCCUAAGAGGGGACACUGAAGAUGAGCAGAUUACCAUUAUGCGUAAAGUGGAUACGCAUAACAAGUCUGAGUGGUUGUUCAAUGGAAAAGUAGUCCCUAAAAAGGAUGUAGCUGAAAUCAUUCAAAGGUUCAACAUCCAAGUCAACAAUUUGACUCAAUUUUUGCCACAAGACAGGGUCUGUGAGUUUGCCAGAUUAACUCCAGUGCAACUUCUAGAAGAGACUGAAAAGGCUGUUGAUCCUCAACUUCCAAUCCAACAUCGUGCCCUUGUUGAAAAAAGUCGUGAACUGAAGAAUAUUGAGCUAUCAGUUGAGAGGAAUGGAGAAACUUUGAAUCAGUGGAAGGCGCUUAAUGCUGAAUUAGAAAAAGAUGUUGAGCGUGUCCGUCAAAGAGAAGACUUUCUAGCGAAGGUAGAGUCCAUGAAAAAGAAAUUACCCUGGCUGAAGUAUGAUAUGAAGAAGGCUGAAUAUAUGGAGGCUAAGGAGCAGGAAAAGGAUGCCAAGAAGAAGUUGGAUGAAGCUGCAAAAACUUUAAAUGAGCUUAGAGAACCAAUUGAGAAACAAAAGCAGGAGAAAGCAGCAUUGGAUGCUAAAUGUAAAAAAGUUGGCAGACUCAUGAACGAAAAUUCGAAAAAACGUAGAGAACUUGUUGCUAGUGAAAGCCAUUUGGGGGUGCAAGCACGAGGAAAAUACAAUGAAAUGGAAGAUCUCAAGAGGCAAGAAGAAUCUCGUCAACAAAGAAUCUUGAAAGCUAAAGAGGAUCUUGCUGCUGCUGAACUAGAUUUUGAAAAUCUGCCGCUUUAUGAACCCCCAAAAGAUGAACUUGAAAAUUUAAGUUCUCGCAUUCUGGAGCUAGAAGUUUCUGCUAAUCAGAAGAGGUAUCAAAAGUCAGAGAAGGAAAAACUUUUGUCUCAAAAAAAAUUGGGCCUCAGGAACUGCCUAGACAGGCUGAGGGAUAUGGAAAAUACACAUAACAAAUGCCUACAGGCAUUAAAGAGAUCUGGAGCUGAGAAGAUAUUUGAGGCUUAUCACUGGUUGCAAGAACAUCGCGAAGAGUUCAAUAAGGAGGUGUAUGGUCCUGUUUUGGUUGAGGUUAAUGUCUCAGAUCGGGUUCAUGCAGACUAUUUAGAAGGUCAUGUCCCAUAUUACAUCUGGAAGUCUUUCAUAACUCAGGAUCCUGGUGAUCGGGACUUUUUGGUAAAAAAUCUAAGGUCAUUUGAUGUUCCAGUCUUAAAUUAUAUGGGGAAUGAUGGUCGUGCUACAUUGCCCUUUCAACUUUCUGAGGAGAUGCGUUCACUUGGCCUCUAUUCCCGGAUUGACCAAGUUUUUGAUGCUCCUAAUGCUGUAAAGGAUGUUUUGACUGGCCAAUUUGGUUUGGAUCAUUCAUACAUAGGGUCCAAGGAAACUGAUCAAAAGGCUGAUAAUCUUCUAAAGUUGGGUAUUUUAGAUUGUUGGACUCCGGAAAAUCACUAUCGGUGGUCUAAAUCUAGAUAUGGUGAUCAUUUUUCAGCCAGUGUAGAACCAGUGCAUCGCUCAAAUCUUCUUUUGUGUAGUUUGGAUGCUGGGGAAAUUGAAGGGAUGCGGUCCAGGAAAAAGGAACUGGAAGAAUCUGUCACUGCUUUGGAGGAAAGUCUUAAAUCAAUUCAGACUGAGCUAAGAUACUUAGAGGAUGAAGCAGCUAAACUUCACAAACAGCGGGAGGAGAUUAUCAAGAUAUCACAGCAUGAGAAGAGAAAAAGGCGUGAAUCGGAAAAUCUUAUCAUUCAGAGAAGAAGAAAAUUAGAAUCUUUAGAGAAGGGGGAUGACCUGGAUAGUGUUAUGGCAAAGCUUAUUGAUCAAGCUGCAAAAUGUAACAUUCAGCGGUUCCAUUGUGCAAUUGAACUUAAGAACCUACUCGUUGAGGCUGUUUCUUACAAACAGAGGUUUGCAGAAACACAUAUGGCAUCCAUUGAAUUUGAGGCAAAGAUUAGAGAUCUAGAAGUCAGUCUCAAGCAGCAUGAAAAGUUUGCUAUGCAAGCAUCGCUACACUAUGAGUAUUGUAAGAAGGAAGUAGAUGAUCGUAGGCAGCAGCUGUCAGUUGCCAAGAGGCAUGCAGAAUCAAUUGCUGUGAUCACUCCAGAACUUGAAAAGGAAUUUCUUGAGAUGCCUACUACCAUUGAGGAAUUGGAGGCUGCUAUUCAAGAUAAUGUUUCUCAAGCCAAUUCUAUUCUCUUCCUAAACAACAAUAUUUUGGAAGAAUAUGAACACCGUAAGCAUCAGAUAGAAGCUCUUGCAACAAAACUUGCGGCAGAUAACGAGGAACUGAGGAGGUGUUUAGCUGAAAUUGAUAACCUGAAGGAAAAUUGGCUUCCAACAUUGAGGAAGCUUGUUGCUCAGAUAAAUGAGACUUUCAGUCGUAACUUCCAAGAGAUGGCUGUUGCAGGAGAAGUUUCAUUGGAUGAGCAUGACAAGGACUUUGAUCAAUUUGGAAUUCUUAUAAAAGUCAAGUUCAGGCAAGCAGGACAGCUUCAAGUUCUCAGCGCCCACCAUCAAUCUGGAGGGGAGCGGUCGGUUUCAACCAUUCUUUAUCUUGUUUCUCUUCAAGAUCUUACAGACUGCCCAUUUAGGGUGGUUGAUGAGAUAAAUCAAGGGAUGGACCCUAUAAAUGAAAGAAAGAUGUUCCAGCAACUAGUGAGAGCUGCCAGCCAACCAAACACACCUCAGUGUUUCUUACUUACACCAAAGUUGCUUCCCGAUUUGGAGUACAGUGAGGCAUGUAGCGUUCUGAAUAUAAUGAAUGGGCCUUGGAUUGAGCAGCCCUCAAAAGUGUGGAGCAGUGGAGAUUGCUGGGCAACUGUCACAGGUUUAGUAGGAGAAGGUCGAUGCUGAAAUACCAAUCUCAAGUUAAAAAUUUUUGUUUAAAAAAAAUUACGUAGGGCAGCUAAUGUAAUCCAUCUGAAGUGAGCUGUGUUUUGUCCCGUUUCAGAUGGUUUUGUACAACAAAUUCUGAUAUAUUGUUUAUCCAUGUAUACUUGAAUUCCUUUCGCCUUUGUAAAGAGAGAAUCCUCUAUUUAAUGUCGUAAUUAUUACGAGUGGUAUAUUUCCUUCA